AUGUCUUCCAUACUAGUGACCGGCAGUUCGAGAGGUAUUGGAUUGGCCUUGGUGAGAGCUCUGCUUCAAUCGGCUCCUUCCAAACACAUCAUUGCCACAUGCCGAGAUCCAAACAAUGCCAAAGAUCUCUCCCAACUUCAAUCUCAACAUUCCGAUCGCCUCUCCAUUGAAACUUUAAAUGUUUCUGAAGAAAAGGAUAUUCUCUCCUUGAUUGAUCGUCUAAAACAAAAACAAACCUCCGUGAGUGUGUUGGUGAAUAAUGCUGGAAUUUAUUCUGCAAUGAAGAAGGAGACCUUGUUGAAUUCAACAAAAGAAUCCAUGUUGAGUGUAUAUGAAACAAAUGUAGUGGCUCCCAUGUUGAUGAUUCAACACUUGUAUAAUGCCAAAUUGUUUGAGAAGGGAGCUUUGAUUGUGAAUAUUUCGAGUGUCAUGGGAUCUAUUGCCCAAACAUUUGAGAGAAGAGGAGUCUCUUAUUCGUGCUCAAAGGCUGCCCUUAAUAUGUUGACCAAGAUGGUCAGUAUUGAGUUGCCAGAAGUCAACGCCAUUAGUUUACAUCCUGGUUGGGUUCAAACUGAUAUGGGAGGAAAAGAUGCCCCAGUGAAACCGGAAGAUAGUGCUGCUGGGAUUGCCAAAAUUAUUACCAACUUUGAUCCCAAGUCACAAAAUGGAACCUUCUUGAGUUAUGAUGGCUCAACCAUCCAGUGGUAA